CCCUCAUCAAUCAUCCUCCCAAUUUCAACCAUCUCGCCUCCUUCUUAUCACCCAUUCAUCGGCCUUCAUUUCUUGUUCGAGGUCUUUCCCAUGUCACCGCUGUGGCAUUUUUGUGCCUCCCUCUCGUCUGCUAAGCUGCUUUUCUUAAUCGUGUCCCUCGUCAUUGCCUCAUAAUCGCGGUAUAGUUAUUCGGCCUCCGCUCCCGCUUCCGCUCACUCACUGCCUCCCUCCCGGUGCUCCGAGCCAGCUCCCACUAGCCACGAAACAACUCACUCUCACAGGAUGUCGGGAAAUUACGACUAUCCUCCUGCCUCUCGCCGUCCUUCUCGUGGAGCUCGAACCAAUGAGCGACAACAACAGCAGCAACAGCAGCAGCAGCCUCCGCUGAAUCGUUUACAGCAUCUCCGGGAGCUCUUAACAUCGGAGCGUAACCGCGGUGACCUCGCCUUCGCCCGUGCUGUGGAGACCUUAAACCAAGAGAUGGACGAUUACCGCUCUUCUCGCUUCUGGGACCGUUCUAGCUUUGAGCAAGCCAGGGCAGCCCUCGACCAACAUAUGCAACAGCUCCAGGAACGAACGAGACAAAGCCGUGCCAAUACGGGCAGCUCAGGGCCACCGGUGCGUCCGCGUCCAGGAGUACCAAGACUGCAGCCUUUGAGUGUUCCAGUGGCGAACCCAGACGAAAGCGCUUCCGAUCCCUCACGUUCUGAUAGCAGAACUCCAAGGCCUCGAGCUGGUAGGGGUAGCGACCGACCUAACCGUCUGAGGCGGCCCAGAGAUUCCAAUACUUCCUCUCUCCUAGAUACGCCGGUCCCUCACUUAGACUCUCCCACCGCCAUGCCUCAACAGGUAGAAGAUGAACACCAGUUGGACCGUGCAAGGACGAAACGUCGAAAGCUUGACACAGAUGAUAAUAGAGAAGGAUUACAGGGCUUCCGCUACGGUCAAUAUGGCCAGGUGGUGCCUGGGGCACUCAGAAUGGAGUUGACUAGCUGCGAUGGGGGAAGAUAUGAGCCGCAUGGCGAGAGCUCAUGGCCAGAGAACAUACUUCGCAAUGACGCUUCCGUAUACUGUACGAAAUCUGAUCGCUGCAAUCUUGUUCUGAAGCACCAAGGGGAGUCUCCGUUCUGCCUGAAGAAGAUUGUAAUCAAAGCGCCAAAAUCAUGCUACAACUCCCCGAUCCGGGAAGGCAUGGUUUUCGUAUCAAUGUCAUGUGAUGAAGUCCUAGCCCGUACAGCUGCUUUCGAAGUGCAAUGGGAAUCAACUCGGCCCUUCGCGCGGCAUUUACCUGGCGGAAUGCAACCAUCCCAGGAGUAUCUAAAUGCAUAUCGACCUCCGCUGCAAAGCUUAGGUCGGGGCCCAGUUAUUGACCCCUCCUCGGAUUCAGAAUCAGAUAGUAUUGAUGACCCCGGCGCUGUAGAACCUAGUGCUAGCAAUGUGCCAGACCCCACGUCUGAAUUUCGAGUCACAACCGAGUACACUGCGCAGUCCGACACACGUCAUGAUCAUCUUGACCAUAUGGACGACGACGACCUGAUUUCCCUUACGGAUACCGAUAGCAUGCCCCUAGGGCGGAUGGACGAGGACAACACAAUAUGCUCGGACAGUGAGAUGAGCUUAAGCGACGAUGAUUCAAACGUCAGCACAUUUACACGACGCCAGCGAGAGCUAUCACGACGAAUUCGAGCUAUGCGUCGCCGCUAUGUCGCAGAGCGAGAGGGCCAACCAAGGCGACGACCAUACCUAGCCAUGCCAACACCAGGUCUGCGCCCUGAAGGCACACUUGGCUCAGAGUCUCCUCAACUAAUGAAACCACAUGCUCGCUUUUCCAUUGAGCGCAAUAAAAGCAUGGUCAGCAUCAAAUUCGAUCCACCUCCCUCAGGACGAUAUAUCCUCGUCAAAUUAUGGAGUCCUCACAGCGGCAAAAACAUAGAUAUCCAAAGCAUCAUCGCCUACGGCUAUGCCGGGACCAGAUUCUUCCCUGCUUUGAGUUUCAGGUAAACCAAACCAGUGGGAUUUCUCUUUUUCCUCUUCCCCUUCUUCCUCCCUUCUUCUGAAUCAAAUCAUACCAGAAUGUUAUCUGGGUCUGCUACUGUAGAAUUCACUUGCAUACAAUAUUACAGCCAACCAGCACAACUAGACCAAUGCACUUUGCGAAAGCUCGGCACGGAACUGCACGGAAUGCAACAAUGCCUGGUGUUUAUGGAGUAUGGCGUCCAUCGACUAUCAUUCCAUGGUUUCUUUCUUACCUUUCUCUUUUUCUCUUUCCGAAUGCUCAAACCCGGGCUGCUGACAUGAACUUACCAUCCCCGGGAUUAAUGGUAAUUGUUGAUGCCUUCUCUCAUCGCCUCACAUCACAUGCUGAAUUACUUCAUGACCCAUGAACCCAUUGCAUAUCUUCAUCUGACCAUUCCCAAAUGACACAUGGACAUCAUAAUUAUUCAUUAGGUAGUGAUUC